AUGGCAAUGAAGUUGUCCAUUACCGAGGGUGGGAAAAAUUUGUUGGUCGCUGGAAAAGGACGUCGUGUGCCGCGAACUAAGCUUCGACAAGUACCUAUUUUGCAGGUCCCAGUAUCGCCUUUAUUAUCGAACUUUGAGAAAUGGGCGGGCAAAAAGAGGAAGCUUUACUUCGAAAAUGAAGAAGCAUUGCUUUCGAGUGGUAUUCAGAAUUAUCACUUGGACAGGAAUGUAUUUGCCCAACUCUUAGCCUCACCCAUGAGAUGCGACAGAAUCACACGACUCAAGCUCCCGAAAGACAUGAUGAUGCAACUGAAAUUGAUAAAAUUAGAACCAUCCUCAAAUACAACAAAGUACUCAAUUGAACUCGUCCCUCAAGGCUCACACUUAAAGUCUAACAGGAGCUCGUACGUUCCUAAUAAGAAAGCUUUUCUACAAAAAAACAUGGAGGCGGCUAUGAAGUGGAUUCCGCUUCCAGCAUUACUUUCUGAUAUGAGACAUUUCUCUGUAGCGGAUGUAAAAAUAGAUAGGGUGAACUUUUUGAGUAACUAUGAACAGGAGCUGCGAAAGAUUUUGGACUCUAAAAUGCCUCGAUUGCAUGGCAACACGCCAAAGCUACAGAACUGGGACAUUUUAGUAUCCUGUUCGAACUCUUCUUUGAAUUUUGAACUCAGUCAAGCGAAACUCGAAACCUGUAACGAUUCCCCUCUAUCAAUAGUCAAGUUCAAUUUGAGCAGUGUAACUGAUAAAUCUUGGACUACGAACUACCUCAAAAAAAAUCAAAACCACUCACUCGGUAUCGUUCUAAGGUUUCCACGAGAUAAAGAAACAAUUUACGCCUUGCGAAGUCUAAUAUGCUUCCAUUCAACUUGA